UCUAUUCUAGGGUUUCAAUUUUCUUUUUGGCAUCGAUUCCACUGAGAUCUCUGUUCUUGAACUCUUCUGAGUGUUGAAUUUACAGUUGGUUUCCGUAGUAAAUGACCAAUCUUCAGAACCAAUGAUCGAUGGCAAUGUCGUCGUUGGAGUACGUAGGAACUACUCUUUCCUCCGAUAAUCUGAAAGGGUUUAUUCUUGCGGUGGUUUCUAGUGUUUUCAUUGGUUCGAGCUUCAUUAUCAAGAAGAAGGGUUUGAAGAGGGCCGGUGCUUCGGGUCUUCGUGCCAGUGUUGGUGGGUAUGGUUACCUGUUAGAGCCGCUUUGGUGGUUGGGAAUGGUUACUAUGAUUGUUGGAGAGAUCGCCAACUUUGUUGCUUACGUUUUUGCCCCUGCUGUUCUUGUUACACCCCUUGGGGCGUUGAGUAUUAUUGUUAGUGCUGUCCUAGCACAUAUCUUACUGAAGGAGAAGCUGACGAAGAUGGGGAUUCUGGGGUGUGUUCUUUGCAUAGUGGGAUCCACAGUGAUUGUUCUUCACGCACCCGUUGAGAGCACUCUGACUUCGGUAGAAGAAAUCUGGGUUUUAGCGACCCAACCUGUAUUUCUUUUUUAUACAGCAUCAGCAAUAGCUGUUGUGCUGGUACUGAUGUUGUAUUGCGCUCCACGCUAUGGGCAGAGUAACAUAAUGGUUUACAUUGGCACAUGCUCCAUAAUUGGGUCUUUGACAGUAAUGAGUAUAAAAGCUCUAGGCAUUGCAAUAAAACUCACAUUGGAGGGUAAUAGCCAGGUUGCAUACUUCCAGACAUGGAUAUUUGCAAUGGUUGCAUUAACAUGUAUGAUAACUCAGCUAAAUUAUCUAAACAUGGCAUUAGAUACUUUCAACACUGCCGUUGUUUCCCCUAUAUAUUAUGCUAUGUUCAGUUCUCUCACAAUUUUGGCAAGUAUCAUAAUGUUUAAGGAUUGGUCUGGUCAGAGUGCAAGCAGUAUAGUAUCAGAACUCUGUGGACUUGUCACUGUGUUCUCUGGGACCACUGUAUUGCACAGUACCAGAGAACCAGAUCCAACCCCUAUUACAGAAUCAUAUUCACCACUUUCACCAAAAAUAUCAUGGCAAGGCAAUGGAGAAUUAUGGAAGCAGAAGGACGAUGAUGAGCUGUCCCCAAAUUUUGUUACCAUUAUUCGACAUGACUACUUCACUUAGAUGUGUUUCUUGGAGCUUCCAAGUUCAGUGAAUACAACCUGCUGGUGGCGCUCUUGCAAGCACAAAAGUAGUUGCUGAAAGCCUACGGUAUCAUUGUAUAUAUUGGGAGAUGAAACUGGCAGUUCAAUGUUUGAUUUCUUCAUCCACUCAGCAACUCUAAGAUUGCAGCUCUGGGAUCUCUGUGUGCUUGUGCAAGCCAAGUUUAUGUGGUCAUGUUUGUGCUAUUCUGGAAUACAGCCAACUGUGCAACUGACAGCAGGUUAUCUGUUGCAGCACAGGUAGCAACCUUAGCUGUAUUUUCUGGGGAUGGUCUUCAGUUUUCUGUGAGGUCUUACACUAGAUCCAUUUGAUUCUUUUGUUGUACGAGUCUAGUUACUGGUUUGCGUAAUGAGCUAAUCCCAGCCUUUAUAGUGAAAGUGGAAAAGAAUGAUUGUGCAUUUCCGAAUGUGGUCUCUAUCAUGGGAUAUGAUAAGAUGUAGUUUUGUGUGGAAAGUAGAAUGAUUAAUAUUUUCGUGGUCGAUUAACCUGAAACUCAAUCAUUUCAUAAUGUUACUCAA